AUAGUCCAUUCUGUUUUGUCUUCUGCAAAUUCAAUGGGUGUUGAAGAAAUCAGCGCUUACGAUAAUAUCAAAAACCGGUCGUUACCAUCGCCAAUCAUCGGGGAAGAAAGGUCUGAUUGGGAGACUCCGCUUUGUGUUCCACAAGAUUCGCUGGAAGACAUUGACUGGUUCCCUAAUUUCAGUGACCAAACGAUCUCUCUCGACGGAUUUCUCCAAACGCUGGAUGAAGAAUGCUUCGUUCUGGAGAUUCCGGCGGAGAUGACGGCUAAACUUGAUGAAACAAUUGCUUUUGCGAACAGGAAACAGAGGAGUAAGCGCGAGGGGAAGCGAGGAUAUUGGAUUGCGAAGCAGAAGCAGAUUAGUGGUAAUGAGUCGCAAGUGUUCGAUAAUAUUGCCGAGAGGGAUUCUGAUGCUAGGCGAAAAUGCAGUCAUUGUCUGGUGGAGAGCACUCCGCAGUGGAGGAUGGGACCCUUAGGGCCUAAAACGCUGUGCAACGCUUGCGGAGUGCGGUACAAGUCGGGGAGACUGGUGCCGGAGUAUCGGCCUGCGGCGAGUCCCACCUUCGAUGUCGCCAAACAUUCCAACUUUCACAAGCAAAUAUUAAGGCGGAGGGAUUUCGGUGCAUAA